CACUGAUGGCAGUUCUCUGAACGCACCUGACAGACUCAAGACGAUACAAGAUAGACUAAAAGAAGACAUGAAGGCAUCUUUAAACAUGACAAAUUGGAUGAUACAUUGUGGAUUUUAAAACUGUAAUAUUUUCGUUUUGUUGAGUGGAUUUCAGGACUGCAGUUUUUACAUCACAACGAAAAGAAGAAAAUAAUUAUUCGAUACUUUUUUUUUUUUUAAAAAAAAAAAGCAUUUUAAUCUGCCACCAUGGAGUCUAAUAAAAAGCAGUUGACGCUUCAGCUGAUGAUGGCUGUUGGGACUGCUGUGAUCGGCUCCUUGCAGUUUGGCUACAACACAGGAGUCAUCAAUGCCCCACAGAAGACCAUCGAGGCUUUCUAUAAUGAGACGUGGUAUAAGAGGUACUCGGAUUACAUGCCGUCAACCACUCUAACAACACUUUGGUCUGUAUCGGUGGCCAUUUUCUCUGUAGGUGGCAUUUUCGGCUCCUUUUCGGUUGGGCUCUUUGUAAACCGCUUUGGCAGGAGGAACUCGAUGCUCAUUGUUAAUAUUCUGGCCUUCAUAGCUGCCGCAUUAAUGGGCUUUUCCAAGCUGGCCGAAUCCUGGGAGAUGCUUAUUAUCGGACGCUUCAUUGUGGGGCUUUACUCUGGCCUGUCCACAGGCUUUGUACCAAUGUAUGUAGGAGAAAUCGCCCCAACUUCAUUACGUGGGGCACUGGGGACACUUCAUCAGCUUGGCAUUGUCAUUGGCAUCCUCAUAGCACAGAUUUUUGGUAUUAAAGAAAUCAUGGGGACCCCUACAAUGUGGCCCUUCCUGCUUGGCUUUACUUUCAUCCCAGCUGUACUCCAGUGUGCACUGCUGCCCUUCUGCCCUGAAAGCCCACGCUACCUCCUCAUCAACCAGAAUGAGGAGGCCAAAGCCAAGAGUGUGCUGAAGAAGCUCCGUGGCACUGAGGAUGUGGCUGCAGACAUGCAGGAGAUGAGGGAGGAGAGCAGGCAGAUGAUGAGGGAGAAGACGGUCACCAUCCCUGAGCUCUUCCGCUCAUUGCUCUACCGUCAGCCCAUUUUCAUUGCCAUCAUGCUGCAGCUCUCCCAGCAGUUCUCUGGUAUCAAUGCUGUUUUUUAUUACUCCACUGGUAUAUUUGAGAAAGCAGGAGUGCCUGAGCCGGUCUAUGCCACCAUUGGUGCUGGAGUUGUAAACACAGCAUUCACAGUUGUGUCGCUGUUCAUUGUGGAACGAGCUGGUCGAAGAUCACUACAUCUUGUUGGGCUGAUGGGAAUGGCUGUGUCUUCUGUUCUCAUGACCAUCGCUAUGGCGCUACUAGAUCAAGUGAAAUGGAUGUCGUAUGUCAGCAUCGUAGCCAUCUUUAGUUUUGUGGCAUUUUUCGAGAUCGGACCAGGCCCGAUCCCAUGGUUCAUUGUAGCAGAACUCUUCAGUCAAGGUCCCCGGCCUUCUGCCAUCGCUGUUGCUGGUUUCUCCAACUGGUUUGCUAACUUCUUGGUGGGAAUGUGCUUCCAGUAUGUUGAGGAACUGACAGGCCCAUACGUUUUCAUCAUCUUCACUGUCCUCCUGCUGAUAUUCUUCGUCUUCACCUACUUUAAAGUUCCUGAGACCAAAGGCCGGACAUUUGAAGAGAUCUCGGCGAGCUUCCGCUCAGGGGCAGAGAAAUAUACCCGAGAUGAUCUGAACACACUGGGGGCAGAUUCCCAGCUCUGAGCGCUACGUCACGUUUAUACAGUAAUGCUGUAGACUAACCAAGUGAGUGUCUUUGGAUAUAGCACGGUGGGUAUGUUCACAAUGGCAAACUACUAUAUUACUCCUACUAGGAUUGCUGUAGGUUAUGCAGUGUUCACUAUGCACUAGUGUUGUCACGAUACUGGAAUUUCUAACUUGACAAUGAGCUAUAUUGUUACAAUAAUGAAAACUUCUUGAGGUGGUAAAACAUUGGAGAAAAACUUACACUGUACACUGGAGAAAAGCUUAAGGAUUUGCAUGUUUACUUCAAAUGUUUUUUAAAAACAAGUAUUAUUUUUGCUAUUUUAUUACCCAGAAUAGGGUGGUGUGACCAUUAUGGAUUGCUGUAUACCAUUAUGAGUAAUGCAACAUAGCCUUUAAUACAGGACAGAAUACUGUGAAAUAAUGGUCACGUUCACACUGUCAGUUUUUGGGACUGACAACCGCAUUUACUUACAGGUGUAACUCUCAAAAUGUCCCGUUCACACAGCAGCUAGCAGUCGCUUUUCAAAUACUGUCUGUAUUACAUGCAACGGAAGUCAAGCCCGUAUUCCUUACUAGUAACCAUAGCGACAGAGACCAAAGCAAUAUCAAAGAUGGCGACGUCCGUAAAACUGAGGCUGUGUCCGAAAGCCUAGACAGCUGACUUAUCAGUUAGUGACUUUGCAGGCCACGUUUUUGCACGAAGGCAUCUCAUAAAACUGAUUUCAGACAGGCUUCUGAGGCAGCGUAACGGUUUAAUGAUCUACAACAAAAUAGAAUGAGUUUUGAUGAUAACAAAACAAAUAUUUAGAUACUAUAAUAUUGAUUUCUCGCUAGAAAUAACAUCAAAAGUGCAAAAAGUUAGUCAGAAAUAUACAUUUACACACAAACUGACGUUCAGAUGCCAUCUUUAUUUUUUUCGCUCACGGAAUGGAACGCACAGAAUUGUGGGAUAUCGAAGGCAGCGAAGGAUACGUCUACGCUGCCUUCAAAAUUCGAUCAGAAGGUACCUCCGAAGACAGGAA